AUGUCUUUCGACCCAGCUACAUUCAAGUUCGAGACCCCACAAUUCGACCCUCGUUUCCCUACCCAGAACCAGAGUAAGCACUGUGCCCAAUCCUACGUUGAUUACCACAAGUGUAUCAACGCCAAGGGUGAAGAGUUUGAGCCAUGUAAGAUUUUCUUCAAGACCUUCACAUCCUUGUGUCCUUUGGACUGGGUUGAAAAAUGGGAUGACCAAAGAGAAGCUGGUAAGUUCCCAAUCAAGUUGGAUUAG